UACCGGAAGCGGGGGCUCUAACGACCCGGAGUGUCAGGGUUCUGAUGAUGAGAGGAUGGAUCGCGGAUUGUAGGAGAGUAGAGAGCACAGCCAGUCGGCACCCGGCUCAGGCAGACUGGAGCGAAGCAGACUGCAGCGGCGCGUACGUGAGGGCCGCAUGUGAGUCAUGAGGCUGCAAAGCAGGAGUGGGGAACUUGCAGCUGGUCAGCCAUUAACAUUCAUGUCCACACCUGCUGUCUCUAAUAUUGGUUGUAGCAUCUACCCUGACCUAGAAGGUGGGACGGUCUCCUUGCUGCCGGAUAAAUCGGUGCUUAGUCCCAGCAACCUUGAACCUGAUUAUUUGGAAAAGUCAGAAGGUCUUCCUCAGGACAGCAGUUUUUCAGUUGAGACCUGCACAUUGUCACCCCAGUCGGCUGUGACAGCCGCAGUCACAUUUUGUCAGCAGCCAGCCUCCUUGACUGAACCUUUUUGUAAUGUGGCGGAAGAGACGGCGCUGGAGAUCAUGCAUGUGGAUCUGAACUGGAAAGGCGAACGCAGUCCUACCUCUUUGUUGCUGCCCGAUGACAUGGAGGCAAGUAGCCGAGGCAGCAGCAUCAGGUCAAACCUGGAAUAUGGGAAUGGGGAUUCUGAGAGCCCGACUACGCCGUGCCAUCUGGCUGAACAGACAACUGAACCGGAAAAUUCUGAAGCAAAACAGCACAUGACAAGUAAAGAUGUAGAAAAAAUGUGUCUCAGGGACAGCAUCACAGAUAUAGGAAUGGAGCCACAGCUGUCACAACUGGAAUCUGUUUUGGAUGUAAAUAACACACAGUUUAGCCUCAUUGAAGAGAAAGGCCUGGAAGCACCUGUAGACUUGGAACUAAAAAGUGUAUCCGUUCCUUCAAAUGACAGUGUUAAAAACUGUUCCUGUAAGGCUGUUUCAAGUUGCUCCAACACUUUAAUUUGCGGGCCUUGUAGUUCCAACUUUGCAAAUGAUGGCACCAGUCAAACUCCUGAAAAUCUGACUGUUAAAAAUGAAAGUACACAGUCAUUCUCAAGUAAUGAAAUAUUGGAGGAAAUAAAAACCAUUACAGACCCCACAGAUGCACCCAAAACGGGUAAUGAGAUGUCGAGUGAUCUGGUCAAUUGCUGUGUAUCCUUAUGCCCUGGAGAGGCAGCGGUACAGUUGAGCACUGAUAGUUUGCAUCCCACGAUCAUUGAACCUUCUCCGGAUGUGAAGUCCUUUCAAGCUGAUACCUUAAGUAGCACCUAUGGACAAACAUCAGCUGAUGAUAGCUGUUCAGCUGUGGUAAAAGACGCUGUAGACUCUGACAACAGUGAUCUUUCGGGACAAGUAUGUCUUCACAGUAAUCAAGUCCACCAGGAUCAAGAUUUCUCUUUUCCUUUGAUUCAGCAUGCAGGCAUUUUAUGUGGUGAGGUUCCAGGGUCUUCUAAUCUGCCCUUCAAUUCCAAUUUGGCUGCAGAGACUGAAAGGUUGGACUUAAGUGCACCUCUGAGUUCUGAUGGUAGCACAGCACAGGAGGUAGAAAGCUCUUCAGAAAGGCUUGAUUUGAAAGAUGCUGAGAGCUUGCGCCUUGACCAUACUUACUGUUUACAAUGCAAUUUAAAUAUUAGGGUGCCUUCGGAUACAAGUGUUCCAGUGGGCUUGUCAGGUACAUUUUGUCCUCUUCAGUCAGAUCAGCAUGGCAGACCUCUGGAGCCCGCUCUGCCUUCUGGUGAGCAUAGUAUGGUCUGCAGUGCAAGUACUUUUGAAUCUUCUCGCCAGAUGGACGAGGAGGAAAUGACAACAUUUUCAUGUGCAGCGGAUAAUCUUUCAAAGCUCCAAGAGGAAAGCACAGAUUUGGCCUUACCUGGGCCGUCACUUCUUAGUGAAGAGGUUAUAUUUGAAGAAAUGUGUGAAGUACCACUGGAAAGCUGUCAGGAGGUUGUGUAUCUUGAGGAAGGGAACCUAUUGAACAGUACACAGCUAUCUUGCCAAGCAGAUGGGACUCCUUUUCAACAACCUACAGAGAUGGAAACAUGCUUCACAUGUGAGAGUGAGUUCUCUGAUGAAAGCAGUGAUGGGCUUGCAGUUGACAAUUUGGGUAGUGCUGAAAUGGAAGAGCAAGAGAUGCUGGAGGUUCUUAUCCAGAAUGAGAUGAAUGAAGACGUGUGUGUCGUAAUAUCAGAGGAUGGGGAGCUGUACAAAGAGCUGCUGUCCUUCUGCAAAGAGACCCCACACCAGGACACGUCUGUUAAAGAGGAGGUGGACCAGUUCACCCUUGAUUGUGAUCCUUCGCAAGAUUUGCAGUAUUCACAGGAGAUGGAUCAAGAAUUGCUACCAUCUUUUGAUACGGCCUCCCUGUUUGAACAUAGCAGUGACACUUCUAGAAAGGUGGAAUCCAUUUUAGAACACAAGUUACCUUUUCAGCAUGAACAUCCAGAUGGGAGUGUCAAUUCUGAAGAAGAGAUUUGUCAAACGUUUGCGGAUUCAGAGUGUGAUAGGCUGGUUAUGCCUGUUCAAAAUGCUUGUUCAUUAGAAGAGCCCAUUAUUUUGUCUCCAACUAUGGAAAAGAGCUCUGCCUCCACUGAAGAUAAGAUGGAUAUAGUGCUUGGUGACAAAGGUUAUGUUGGAAGUGUCAACUGCAGCAUGGAACAGUUAACAGUCUCUGGGGUGGCUUUUGAGCACUUAAAGAUGGGUGUGGAAGAAGUGGAAAAGCACACUGUUGUUGAGGAAAACCACCAAUCCUCAGAAGUGUGUUCUGUCUCCUGUAGUGAAAGAGAGGCAGCUUUAAGAGGAGCUGAGCUGGUUCAGGAUUUAGUGUUUUCUGAUGGUAUAUGUCAAGCAGUUCCGGAUGAUGCCUCUAGCUCUAAUUCUGUUGUGCCUUCCAGGGAAAGUGUGCAGCAGCAUUCAGGAUGUUUAGAAAGGUCUGCUGCGUUUUUAGAGUCUGUGUCUGAAACACCUGCAUCGGGCCACAACCUUUCUGAUGAUCCAAGAUUGGCUGAAGCAACUUUAUGUGAAUCAGGUACUGCUUUGCCACAAACAUUCCCAGAUACACAUUUGAAACUGCCAUGUAAAAUGGACUGUGGUUCAAUGCCAAAGUACUGUCCAUCAGUUUUUGACCCUUUACAGAAUGCACGGUUUUUCUCCCCAUUGAAGCACCCCAAACUGCUGCCACCAUCCACUGGGGAUGUUAAACAUAAACAAACCCGGGGCCAAAUAAGGAAAAAGUGUCCUGUGGAGCUCAGAGUGCAACCAAAAAGAAGGUGCAAGGCUGGAAUGCAAGCUGUAGAUCCAUUAAAAGAUCUUCAGAGGCUGAACAAUGUGAAAACUGCAGGCUUUACAAGGGGUCCUUUUGAAAACCUGCCUCAAUUAUAUCCAAGCAAAACAAAAAGCACUUUCAAGGCAAGGACUGUUUUUAAUGCAAAACCAUCAAUGUCAUUAGAGCAGACUGUUUCUUCUUUCCAGAACACAGGAUCCAUCUCACAACUGACCUGUCUAACUGUGUUCAGUAAACAGAGGUGUAGAACUCUUAAGGAGCCCCUGCUAAUGAGACUGUCCAAGGUAGCUAGCAGUCUAGUCCCUGUAGAUGGCCCUAAACAUGUUGCUAGGCUCUGUAGAUGGUCAUCAAAGGCUGCUCCUUACAAGGGCGUCAGAAGCCUUAACUGCAGAGCAGCUGAUCUAUUGCCUUGCUCAAGCAAGGAGUUACAACAAUACUGGGACAAUCAAUUUUGUCAGGUGACCCCUUUUUUACGUAGAAGUUCUCGAAGCCUCAAGAUGAGGCAUUCUCUAGUUAGCAACACGUCUGACUUCUCACAGAUGUCCUUGUCUAAGCCUGGUCUUUGGAAGCCUGCAGGGGCCUUCACAACUCCUGUUUUCCCCUUUUCAUUGCAUUUCAAGGUAGAAUGUUUGUCCUCGUUGUUGUCCUUUGAAGCUGUCCCUCUGCAGGAAAAGUCCUUGAUGCUUAAAGAUGGGACAUCCCGGUCGCCUUCCCUAUCAUCAUCUUCAGAGUGGACCAUUUCUGUUCUUAUCCCUGACAUUAAUGCAGUCUUCUGCUCUGGAGAUGUUCCUGCAUCAAAGAGAACACUCUCUCCAGUUUCGUUUACAUACGUAGAAAGCAGUGAAGUGGAAAAGGAGAAACUCAGCUGUGUUAUACCUACAAGAACUCAGUGGACAAGUAAUUCACCAUUCUCCAGAUUUGGACUACAUACCAUUCUAGCUCUGUUUUCUCCUGCAUGUUAUCGUAUUUGGACUAGGCAGCGGUGUGUGGGGAGCCAACAACUGGCUCUACAAAAACACUCCUUCCCUCGUUUUGAGGAGAGGACCAGAGCAUUUGCUCCAAGGGCCCAUUCCCAUCAGAGUCCAGUUCUCCCUUUGCGCAGCGCAUUGGCCAGGAUCAUAGCUGCCUGGAGUAGUCGACCACUAAGAUCUUCCCCAGCUGAAUCCUCCAUUGUGAUUAGUCUAGAUCCUGACUACAGCUAUGCAAGUCUCUCUCCUGAAAUGUUUGGAGCAAAAAUGCAAAGAGAAGUUCUUCCUGCUAAAUGUGGUUUCACCAGUCUGGUUCAGAACGUGGACUCCACUUACCAGAGUGAGUCAUGUCUCACACAGUUACUGCCUCUGCCAGACCCUCUGGCUACCUCCAUCUUUGCUCUCCCUGGCAAGACUGACAAGUUGACUUUACCUUCAGCCCUACCUGCGACAUCCAACCUGCCUUUUCUUUGCAUUGAAUGUUCCACUACUGACCCUCAAGACUGCAUCUCAGCAGUAUUUCCUACUCCUGUGGCCGUUUCUGAUUUGGAGUCUUGUGCCUGUGAGCAACAGGAAGAGGAGAGGCCUCUUGACAAGACACUUGGCAAUCAGGGUGGGCAAAAAACAAGAGUUUCCCAAAUCCGUAUUCGAAGAGCCAUCCCUAAACCGGAUAACAGCUUAACCCCUAUGGGGCUUCCAAAACCAAAGAGAUUAAAGAAAAAGGAAUUCAGUUUAGAGGAAAUCUACACAAACAAAAACUACAAGUCCCCACCAUCCAAUAGGAGUCUUGAAACAAUCUUUGAAGAACCAAAAGAGAAAAAUGGUAUCUUGGUUUGCAUUGGUCAGCAGAAACGGAAGAGAGUCCUUGACUUCCAAGACUUCACAGUUCCCCGAAAGCGACGGAAUCGGGCUGGAGUCAAACUGAAAAUGAAUCGGACACGAGGCCGCAAAGCAUCCAGCCAGGGAGAUGCAGAGCUAGACUUGCUUCUCAUUGAAAAGCUGGGUGAGCUGGAACACUACUUAGCAAAAGAGGGUGUGGAAAUCUGAAGAAAUCCUACAUCUUUAGUAUGAAACGGUAUGACAAGUAGCUCCCCAUUUCUAUACUUGUGCUUUAUAGGCCUAGUCCUCAGGAAUCAUGAGCUUUUAUGGCCGCUGAAAUGAACUGGCACAGAUGUGUUUAUUUUAUUGUGCAGUACUUCGUAGUACACUUUCAUCAGCGCCAAGAUGGCAUGGUAUCUAUUCUGUGUGCAUGCCUGGUUAAUUCAUGUAUUUGCACUUGCUGUUUAUGGCGUCUGGGGGCCAGGCUGUCAGAAGCAUUACUUUUGGUCCACAUGUGACCAUAGAGGUCAGUUAUCUUGGGAGCUUCAGGAACAGAACUCUGCAGUUGUAGUGUUGAUUUGAGCCAGAUUUCUUCUGAAGAUGGUGGUACGCUUAAUAGGAAACCAAGAAGAAAAAACACAAGCAGAGCAGGUUUUAAACGCUUUCAGGGGGCGCAUACAAAAACUGUGGUGUUAGAGUUGAACUAAUGUUGGGUCUUUUCAAGUCAUGAUUGAACCAAGAGUGGCUACUGGGGGCUUAAUGGAUUCUGAUUCAGGAAUUAAAAAUGUGUCGAUCUGAAUGCUUUUUAAAAAUUAAAUUAGGAAUUUCUUAAGUUAUUGAUAGUGGACCAUAAAGGUGUUUGACCAGCACCUAGAAGCUUUCUGGGCUUUGUCUGUAUGCUAAUCCUGUGAAUUUUCUCUGCUCUUCCCUUCCUGCUGAUUGGUUUUCAAACAGUAUUGCUUUAUUAUUCUGUCAUUGUUGCCAAAAUGUUAUGCAAAAGAUUUCAGUCUGAAAACUCUUGAGUACAGAUGAGCAGGAAAGUUUAUUAGGCAGAAAGAGUUGUGUGGAAUAUCGUGUUGUAAAUGGCCAAGGGAGGUUCUAUUCUUUUCUGUUAUCCCUAUGCCUCUACCAAUUUCGGUAUUAAACAUUAGAACACCAGUAUAGCAUUUCUGUUUAAAGCCGUUCAACCGUUGUGUGAUGCUUUUUUACUUUACAUUUCAAAAAACAACAACAACAAAAAAAAGUCACUAAAAGCCAAGAGGUGAUCGUUUUAGUUUUGAGUUCUCCAUAUUUUAAAAAGAAUGAUUGUUCCCAUCAGCUAUUUGCCGGUGAACAUAACCAUAAACUGCAGACGUGUCAGCUUGGUGGGAUGCUGCUCUUUUUAGUUUUCUGAGUUUGGGGUUUUCUUGACUGCUUUUACAAUGCUCUGUGUUGUAAUUUUAAUUUUAUUUUAAUUUGAACAUGUUGGCAUAUGUAAAGAUUCUCCACUGACCCUGCACUUGACUUUGAACUUUCACGACUAAUAUGAAAAGCUCUUUGUCAAAACAAAAUCAAAAGACUUGGAGUAAAAAUGUUUACUAACUUUUUAAAAGUUUGCUUUUUUCCCUUGAAGGGAUGCCUAUUAUUUUUCACUUUAUUUUCUCCUUUCAUGCUGUGUCUUGUGUUCAAACAGCCUCCAGAUUAAGUAGGUUCUGUGUUCAAAGCUUUUGUUCAGUUAUCUGUCUGGUAACCCACAAGUCUGUGUUCACCUGCUGGUAUGAAACCCAGUAGUAGUAUGGGAAACCUACCUUCACAUUCAUCACUUUUGGGUUUUUACAUAAAAUUCAUGAGCAUAAGAAAACACUAAAGUUUACUCUAAAUGUUGUGAUUUUUUUAAAAAUUUUAUUUAUGAAAUAAAGUGACUCUUGUUUAAA